AGAUAUAUGGCAUCCGGUACAUCAUCACCGAGAGGGCAAGAACCACAACAGUUAGACAAAGAGCUCCUGAAAGCAGCCAAAUAUGGUGAUUCCACACACAUGCAGGCCAUGGCGUCACAAGAUCGGAACAUACUCCAUGGAAAAACUCUGCAGGGGAACACAUGCCUCCACAUUUCCUGCAUUUAUGGCCACGUGGGAUUCUGCAAGGACGUGCUGGAACUGGAAGAUUCUCUCAUCAGCGCUGUAAACCUCGACGAGGAGACACCACUUAUCACCUCAGUGAGAAAUGGUCACGUCUCCUUGGCUUCUUUUUUACUCGGUCGACACUGCUCUGUGCACCAUGGAUUGAGACAGGCAAUCCUGCAGCAAGACAGGUAUGGAUUUAAUGCACUGCACCAUGCAAUUAGCAAUGGCCAAAAAGAUCUUGCCUUGGAGUUGAUAGAAGCAGAGCCUGCGCUGUCACAAGCUGUGGGCAAGCAUAAUGAGUCACCCAUGUUCUUCGCGGUGAUGAGAAAUUUUACACCUGUUUAUGAGAAACUAUUGCAAAAUCCUUUGUCUGCGUGCUCGGGAGGACAACACUGUCAAAAUUGUCUACAUGCUGCAGUUAUGAAUGGGGAUCAAGAAUUCGUGAAACUAAUCAUGAAGAAACGUCCUGAAUUGGCCAGAGAAGUUGACACAGCCCACGAAACACCAAUAGCACUUGCUGUACGAUUCAACAAGAUUGACAUUUUACAACUAAUGCUGGAACAUGAUUCAACCCUAGGGUAUUUAACAGGCCACAAUGGGUUUCCUCUCCUUCAUGUUGCGGCACAUCGAGGUCAGGUUGCUGCUGCUCGAAUGCUUCUGGAACACUGUCCCGAUGCUCCUUAUAUUGAAUCAGAUGGUUUGACAUGUCUUCACAUAGCUGUAUGGUUUGAUCAACCGGAGUUUGUUGAGUUUGUCCUGAGGACGCCAAUACUUCGCAAGCUUGUUAACGUGCAAGACAACAACGGAAAAACCGCUCUCCAUAAUGCUGUCACAAAGUGCAAUCCUAGAAUUGUUGCUGCUUUAUUGUCUCACGUGGAUAUAGAUGCAACACUACUUGACAACCACAGUAGACCAGCGUCCUGGGAACUGUCGAAGGUUACGGAGAAUGCCAAGACGUUAAACUGGAAUGAAGUGGCCAUGCUUAUUUCGAAAGCUAAUCCACAAAAUGCUUCCGUUCUUCAUAAUCUUCAAGUGCAAGCCAAACGACAGAUGACUGAUGAAUCAAGGAAGAAUGCAAAGUCACUAACUCAAACAUACACAAGCAACACUUCGUUAGUGGCGAUUCUUAUUGCGACAAUCACCUUUGCUGCUGCCUUCACCCUUCCAGGAGGAUACAGCAAUGAUGCAGGAAGCGAGGGACUUCCCAUCAUGUCUAGGAAUUUUGCAUUUCAGGCAUUCUUGAUCUCUGACGUCUUAGCAAUGUGCUCCUCAUUUGCUGUGGCCUUCAUAUGCAUUAUAGCAAGGUGGGAGGACUAUGAGUUCUUGGUUUAUUACACAUCCUUCACUAAGAAGCUCAUGUGGUUUGCAUAUGUGACAACAACUACAGCCUUUUCAACUAGUUUAUACACGGUGCUCGCUCCACGUGUCCACUGGUUAGCGAUUGCAAUUUGUGUUAUGGUAGCUUUACUGCCCAUUCUCACAAAGCUGCUGGGCGAAUGGCCUAUCUUGAAGCUCAGACUUAAGCUGGGUAAAGAUUUCAACUCGGAUUUCCGUGAUAUGGUCUGACCUCAUCAAUUUAUCUCAUUUAUAUGCUGGGUGAAAUCUCUCAACUCUAUCUGUAAUGAACAUUGUUUGGCUAAUCAUACUGUAU